AUGCCUCGACAUUGCAAGUUGUCGCAGUCCGGAGUCCUGCGUGACUCGUUUUCCAUAACAUCGGCGCCGCUGCUCGACUUUCUUCUACCCACCCACCAGAGCCUUGAGCCAAGCAGAUUCAGCAGUCAACGCCGAGCUCUACAUACAGAGAACAGCAACCGUUCCGUCGAACAUCUAUUCUACAGUGCGCUGAGUCAAGCUACACUAUGUCAGAGGCACAAGAAAUCAUAUGUCCCACCAUGUACCAUAUACCGCGAACAAAAGAGAGGUGCCUCUUUUGCUCGCCUUCGAGCGAAUUCAUUGAACCAUCAGCGUUAUGACAGUAAAGGUCGUCUCAUAAUUGAGACCACUCCCCCACGACAACCAGCAUAUUCCCUCGAUGAACAUCGGCUACACCAUUUCUUCGACAACAACGAAAGACAUUUCGCAGCAUCUUCCAGGUUGCCACCCAGCUUCUUCAACGAUGUCAGCUACAUACGCGAUUUAGCAGUGCCCAAGCAGCUUUCUGCGGAACGAAGACGCCAAACUAGAACGGCUGAGACGAACGAUGGGACAAGAUCAGCUGUGCAGCAAGGACCCGCAAAUGUGGACAAACAGCUAAAGCUUCUGAAGAGUGUACGAGAUUUGGAAGACAAAUUGGCCAAAGCAAAACAAGAGCUGGCACAAUCUGCGGACAGGCCGGCUGUUGCAACAUCUGGCCCCACGAAAAGAACAGUCUUGACCAAGAAAGACUAUCUUAAUCUCGUUGACCUCUACUUCUACUCUCACAAUAGCCGGUUCUCUCCCGAAGCCCCUGACAAGUCUCCUACGCCUGUCAUCCUCGAUGAUUACAGCUUCACUCUUUCCGCCGACUUCACACGGCCGAACAAUGAAGAUGAGGACGAAAUACAAGAAGAGGAAGAUGAAGAAGAUUACACUUCACCUUUUGAGGAGAUCCAACGGCGGUUGAAGAACAAUCAGCUACAGGAGAUUGCUGCCAUGCAAGUCUUUGUCGACCUACUCAUAGACGAUACCUCAUCUAAUCGUGCUCUCCAUGAGGCAUAUCAGCAGCUACCACAGCCAGGCGUGGCAUACCUGCCAAAGGGUGUCAUCAGACUCUUCUUGCAACGCAUGUCGACUCCAUGGGUCAAGACCGAGGCCUCGAAGCUUCGCUAUCUGUCUUUAAUUGACGAGAUGCAGCAAGCGAACCUGCCAAUCACUGUAGCAGAAUGGUCGUCAGCUAUCUAUCUUGCUGGCAGGUCUUUCGGUCGCAUCGACCAAGGUGAGGUGAACCGAGCCUUCGAAGCUUGGCAUCGAAUGGAGAACGAAGCUGGGAUCCGCUCAGGCAAUGUCACUUUUAAUAUCUUGUUUGAUAUAGCAGUGAGAAGAGGUAAGUUUGCCUUGGGAGAAACUAUCUUGACUGAGAUGCACAAGAGGAACCUUCGUCUCAACCGUCUCGGCCGAGUCAGCUUGAUGUACUAUCAUGGCCUCCGAGGCGAUGGUGACGGUGUGCGAAAGGCUUAUCAUGACUUCGUUGAAGCUGGAGAAAUAGUCGACACUCUUGUUCUCAAUUGUGUUAUCGCCUCUCUUAUCAAUGCACGUGAGCCAACUGCUGCCGAACAGAUAUACCAGAGAAUGAAAGACAUGCAGUCCACCUUGUACAGAGGCUGGUCGGAGGAUGGUGAGGAAACUCUUUUCCGCCGUCAUCCAGAACCCGGUUCCGAUAAGCUAGGCACUGAGAUGGCGUCGAACCAGCUGGGACGCAUACUUUCUCGGAGCGAUCGCCUGAAGAAGGUCCUUCCUGGAAAGCACCAGGAGUUACAGGAUACCAUGCCCCUCACGCCUGAUUUUACCACGUUCCGAAUCAUGCUUGCCUACCAUGCUUCGGUCUCAGGAGACUUGGAUCGCAUGACAGUUUUGCUCAAGGAGAUGCUUGACAAUUUUGACAUACCACUAUUCCCAGUCGUCUUUCAAUUGCUAUUCAAAGGCUUCGCCAUUCACCAUCCGGCUCAAGGGCCCAGUUCAAGAUGGACCAGACAACGGCUAGAUAUGACGUGGACGGCCUGCCGCAAUGCUAUCAAAGAAAGUAACAAGAUCUACCACGGAGCAUCACUUGCCGCACUUGAGUCAGAGCAGUCUCUCCCAUCUGUCACGGAUGUGAAGAUAGGCAUGUCAACCGUCAAUGAAGCAGCGAAGAGUGGUCAAACCAAGCAGCGAACACUGUCAAUGUGGGAAGAGCUUGUCAUUGACCUGGCAGCUUUUCCACGAGAACGACUGAAGCGGCUUGAGCGUUAUCACAACUCUCAGUUCGACGAGUCCGUGUCGAAUGAAACUUUCGAAUCACCCUUUUUCCAGAACGCGCAUUACUCAGCUCCACAGCCUGAAUUGGACGACGAAGAAGGAGAAUACUCAUUACCCGACCCUGUGGGAUCAACGCUCGCAAGCCCGAAACACCAAAACUUCGACCCAUACACCAGAGGCGAUCCCGAAACUGAAAUCAACACUGCACUCCACGAAGGCCACCACGACGAAGACUGGGACCGACCACCCAGUGCACCCGAAGAAGGCCUGACCCAUGCCUCCUUCUCAUCCUUCGCAUCCACACCAGGCGCUGACGGACCUCGAGCCCACCAUCGUGUCCGUGCAUCAAAGCCCAUGGUCUGUUGGCUGUUGCGCGCAUACGCGAGAGUUACACGUUCUCGUGCAGUGCUGGAAGAGAUAUAUGGCAGUAUCAGGAAGAUAUGGGUGCCUAAGGACGAGCGUGAAUCGGAGAUAGUUCUCAAGGUGUUGUUGAGGUGCUUGAAGGAUUGUGAUAGGACUAGUGGCCGGGCGUGA